GGCGCGGGCGCCCGGUGUCUCCUUUUAUAGCGUCCGGCUGGAAACGCGCGGCCGAGGGCGCCGGCGGACGGCGCGGCCCCGCUCCGCGCCCUCGGCAGGGGCAGCGCCCGCGCUGCGGCCAUGGCCGGCUCGCCCGCCAUGCCGCUCCUCAUCAACCUCGGCGGGUCGCUGCUGGGCUUCGUGGCCACGCUCACGCUGAUCCCGGCCUGCAAGGACCGCUUCCUCGCCGCCAGGCUCUUCGGCGAAGACCUCAACAAGGCCUGCCGGCAGCCCAUCCCCGAGGCGCAGGGCGUGAUCAGCGGCGUCGUGUUCCUGAUCGUCCUCUUCUGCUUCAUCCCCGUGCCCUUCCUGAGGUACUUCGUGGAGGAGCAGUGCGCGGCCUUCCCGCACGAUGAGUUCGUGGAGCUCAUCGGCUCGCUCCUCGCCAUCUGCUGCAUGAUUUUCCUGGGCUUUGCUGAUGACGUUCUGAACUUGCGCUGGCGCCACAAGCUGCUUCUUCCCACCAUGGCUUCCCUCCCGCUGCUCAUGGUUUACUUCACCAACUUUGGGAACACAACCAUUGUGGUGCCUAAGCCCUUCCGGGUGCUGCUGGGGAUGCACUUGGACCUGGGUAUCUUCUACUACGUGUACAUGGGCCUGUUAGCCGUGUUCUGCACUAACGCCAUCAACAUUCUCGCUGGAAUUAAUGGGAUUGAAGCAGGACAAUCUCUGGUGAUUGCCGCUUCCAUUAUCACAUUCAACAUUGUAGAGUUAAACGGGGACUAUCGAGAUGAUCACAUUUUUUCUCUUUACUUCAUGAUUCCCUUUUUCUUUACCACACUGGGCCUGUUUUACCACAACUGGUACCCAUCCCGAGUCUUUGUUGGGGACACCUUCUGCUACUUUGCUGGCAUGACCUUCGCCGUGGUGGGGAUCUUGGGACACUUCAGUAAAACAAUGCUGCUUUUUUUCAUCCCACAAGUGCUCAACUUCCUCUACUCAUUGCCUCAACUCUUCCACAUCAUUCCUUGUCCCCGACACCGGCUUCCCAGGAUCAAUCCUAGUACAGGGAAGUUGGAGAUGAGCUACUCCAAAUUCAAAACUAAGAGCCUCUCAGCCCUGGGAACAUACAUUCUGAAGGCAGUAAAGAUCUUGCACAUAGUAGAUGUGAGGAGUGGAAUGGAUGAAGAUGGCGAAUACACCGAGUGCAAUAAUAUGACACUUAUUAACUUUGUUAUAAAGCUGACUGGACCUACCCACGAGCGAAUUCUCACUCUCCUGUUGCUACUCAUCCAGGUCCUGGGCAGCAUAAUUGCAUUUUCAAUCCGAUACCAGCUAGUGCGCUUGUUCUAUGAUGUCUGACUGGGCUGCCAGGAGCAGGGGAAAGAUUUGCACCUUCCAGUCGAUCUCUUGCUUUCUCCGAUUGCUGACCAAAUGUUUAGAGUGAUCUUAUUCCGGCCCUGUGAGAAUCUCAGGACGCCUUUUAAGGUGCAAGCAAUUACCCUGUGCCGGCCAGUCUUGAACUGUGAUCUUGUGUUUGUGUACAAGAAGGUGUCCGUCUGAUUCUGCUGACAGAAGAGAUUCAAUGCUACUUGAACGUCAUUGUUAUUGGGAAUACCUUCCAUAGGGGAAAUGUGACCCAGAUCAUCUACUCAGAGUGCUUAGGGAAAGUGGGAGAGAUAAAAGCUCUAUAUACAAAUAAGCAUGUUACUAUUCCCUGAAAGAUAAAACAGCAACUUCAAUUUCUGUGCGACUCUGUAUAGCAGAACAAGUAAACCAGAAUCCCCUCUUGGCUAUGCCAGUCCUAUCUUUCAUCCAUGAACAUAGAAUAACAUGCUAUAAAUCAUACCCAGAACUCAGAGCACUCUAAUAAUAAAAUACCUUGUGAUACA